AUGUCUUCCAAGAGCCCAGUCAAGGAGGCGGGGGAACCAACACAGGAGAACAUCUUGAGGAGAGUUGCCAAUAUGCCCUUGGUCAGCUCUGCCUAUGAUGCAGCUGCCACUGCCUUCAGCUCUACCAAGGACACCCACCCCUAUGUGAAAUCCUUAUUGGAUACUGCUGAGAAAGGGGUGAAGAUCCUGACAGAGGUGGCCCUCACCAUUGCCCAGCCUAUCCUGACUAAGCUUGAACCCCAGGUUGCAAUGGCAAGUGGAUACGCCUCUGAAGGCCUGGAUACACUGGCGGAGAAGUUGCCAGUUCUUCAGUUGACCGUUGAUAAGGUUGCCUCUGACACGAAAGAAAUGGUAUCGUCCAAAAUGACAAGUACCAAGGAGGCUUUGGCCAACCAGCUGUUCGGUGUUGUAGACAUGACCAAAGAAGUUGUUCAGGGAAGCAUGAAAGCAACCAAGUCUAUCAUCAGCCACAGUCUUACCACUGUGGUGGAAUCCAGAGUGGGCCAGAUAGCUGUCCGCAGUGCCGAAGCAAUGCUUGGGAGAUCUGAAGAGCUGAUAGAUGACUACCUUCCCAUAACAGAUGAAGAGCUGGCUUUGCUUUCAGCAGUUUUAACGGAUGGCGACAUGAUUCCUGUGCGGCCGUAUGUGCAGCAGGAGUAUCUGGUGCGCUUGGGCACCCUUUCGGUCAAACUCUGCCACAGGGCCUACCAGCAUUCCGUGGCAAAGCUGAAACGGGCCCAGCAGGCCAUCCAGAAUUCUCUUUCCCAGCUUCAGCAGACUCUUCACUUGAUCGAACAUACGAAGCAAGGUGUGGGAGACAAGGGGCCCAAGGUUGCUGAUGGCCAAGAAAAGCUGAUCCAGAUGUUCAGAGAAUGGAAGAAGGCAAACAUAAAAGAAAAGAGUGAGAAAGAUCUGGCAGAGGCAUGCAUAUGCGUGCACGUAGAGACCCAAACCCUGACUAUGUUCCGCAACAUGAUCCAGCAGCUGCAAGCUGCUUGCCAGGCACUGCUGUUCAGCAUCCAAGGAUUCCCUUCCAGCCUGCAGGAUAAAGUGCAGCAAAUCCGCCAAAGCACCAAAGACCUCCAUUCGUCCUUCUCGGCCGCUGGCUCCUUUCAGGAACUCCCCGGCGCCCUCCUGUCCCAGAGCUAUCAGCGAGUGCAGAAGGCACAAGAAUACUUGGAUGAGCUGUGGGAGUAUAUCGCACGCAACACACCUCUCUCCUGGCUAGUGGGACCUUUCAAGCUGUCUGAGCCGGCACCUUUUGAAACCGGAACAAGGGUGGAGUGA